CUUUGUUUUAUACUUUGGGCAGGGAGGUCGCCAACCACAUCCACCAUCCACCUUUGAGACCUGUCUUAUUUCAGGGUAGCCAGGGUAGUACUUUCUUGAUAGGAUCAGAGCAAGAGAAAAAAAAUUAAACUGGGAACAAGGUGGAGAGGGUCGCGUUAAUACGUUUCUGUCAUGCAAUGUCGGGCCAAGUGCUGCGUGAUGACUCCCACAAAGCACGAUGGGAAGGUAAGUUCGGAAUAUUGCUUUCCCGGUUUUGUGUUAUGUUUUGCGAAGUCAUUAUGCAGAGCUCUUGAAAAUCAUUGGAGUUAUUCUUUUAAGCGUAGUGUUUUGCAAGUUCAUUCUCCUCCCUCCAUGAAACACAAUGGAGUUGUUCGUGGAGUAUAGCAGUGAAUAUCAAGAAGAAACCGGCAAAAUCAAACUUUCGUUUCCACGCUCUGAGGGCAUUAGCAUCAGAAAUGUCAAGUUUGCCAUUCAAGAUGCCAUUCAGGCUCCAGUGUGCGAUCAAAGACUGUUUUACCAGGAUCGAUUAUUAACAGACGAUAGUCUGCUUCUCAGCAGAUUGUAUUUCCGCGAGGGUGACCAUUUUAAGUUAAAUUUUCUCUCCUCUGUGGACAUCAGCGGCAUGAAAAGCGAAUUAAAUGCCUUAAAAGGUGCUGCUAAGGAAAUUGUGGACGUGCUUGAGAGACAGCUUCCCAAUGACAGCCGCAUAGAAAACGACUUUACUGGCCUACUGAGAUUUUUCUAUCGUCUGCAGGUUGCUCUGGAGAAACUUGCAGCUGUAUUUUUCCAUCCGUGGAAAUGUGUCAAGACUGUUGCCCACAGGCACUUUUUUGUACAAGAAGGAGGGUUUGACGCAUUACUUGAGGUGUUUAAAUUUUCGCGAGAACUGUUUAUGAAUAAAGAUGAGAUUGAAGAGGAAGAUGUUCUGGAGCAACGCAAAUACAACUUUAAUCGAGUUCAACUUGGUCUGCAACAAUGUUGCCUUGAUCUUUUGUGGGUUUUCUCGGAGAGAGCUCAAGAUCGAGAGUUUGUUUUAUCAAAAAGUGUUCUUCCAAUGCUAAUCAAUGCACUACUUCUUCCACAUUCAUAUCCUGUGGAAAGUUUCCCAACGUUACAUGAUGGACGCCUGGCAACCUUGGUGCUUCAAGUGAAUGAGGCGGCCAUUGGAUGUGUUGGAGGAUUAGUGGAACUGGAUCCUGAUGCACAAGAGGUAGUCUCCAAAAUGUCCCAACUGAUUGACAAGCUUGUAUUUAUGAUAGACAGGCGACAGUCACUGCAUGCAGGAUACUCACUUUUCUCCAGCCAAGUUGCAGCAAACACUUUGUUUUAUUGCACUUUUAAUGCUAAAUCUGCUAAAUCAUUAGUGGAUUGUGGAGCACUGGAAAAAAUCAUUGAUAUCACAACAAACUUACUGGAUGAAAUGCAUGGAGAUACACCUCUCAGGUACUACUGUUGUUUGUUCCUUGCAAGAAUACUCUCAGCUUCAACGGUUAGAGUGGACAAAGACACCAGAAGUAUUGUUGAUGAACUCAUUAACAAGUUUCUGGAAAGGCACAUUCCCAGUGAAAUAUCAGAAUGGGAGGAAUCGUUGAGUUUUGAGUGGGUCACAAUGGUGCCCUUAGUUCAUCUUGCUUUUGGCAUAGGAAAGGAUUGGAGAAAAACAACAGAUCAGAUAAUUCAAGAGAAUUUUAAUGGUCAAAGUCAUUUGGAUUCCCACAGCAACACAAACAUGGCUACUUUGGACACAAGCAAAAUAGUUGGUGAUUCUGAUACCAACUUAGAUGUGAUAAUUUCACCUCUGUCUGGAAUUAGAGGCAGUGAAAUGGUUUGUUUGAGCAACCAGUUCACUUUGCCAGGCUCUUCAGCAACUCAAAAGCUUGGAAUCUUUUCUCUUGUCCACAUGCUCUCCAUAAAAGACAACCAAAAGCUAGCAGUGUCCCAAAACCUUGUCCCGUAUUUGGUUUGUUUGUCAUGGCAGCUGAACCCUGAAGAGAGAGGCAAGCUUAUUGCAAGCCUGGCUAAUUUCCACAACAUUUCACCCCCAUCUUUAAAAAUUGCUGCUAAAUCUGUUCUUUCUCUUGUUAAUGGAUUUGAUACAGUUUUUAACUUGUAAGAUUUCCACCCUUUGAAUGACAAGAGUUGAAUUCAGAGGUAAAUUUUGGCCAUUAGGUGCAAAAAAGAUACAGACAUCCCAAUAAAUCCCACAUUCCCGUUGUUCUCACAAGAGAAAUGACCAGGUAAAGUUGCGUACGAGCAUAGGUGAGGUUAAAUUCACAGCAAGCCAACAGGUACACAGACUCUAACUAAAGUUAUAUAGCUAUAAAAAAAUAAUUAUAUUUCUACACAUAGAUAAAUUUUUUACAUGAUGAAGUAGGAGAAGAAGAGGAAAACAUAUUUUUGUAAUUGUCUGUACUGCAUAGUAUUUCAGUUCUUUAGUUGGUAUGAUAUGAUUUGCCCUUUGCCAUUUAAUUCUAUGAAAUAAAAGGUACAUUCUUUUGAAAACUCUUUCUUGUUCUCACACAAUUGUGUAUCAAAGUUUUUGAUCAAUGAAAGAAUACUUUGUAACUUACUACUUCACCUAAUGAAAUGGAACAACAAUUAGAAAUAUCAAUUUUAAUUUCUUAUCAUAAUAAAAUUUGCAUUCAUUACUCAGUUUUGCAAAUAUUUAACAAUUACAGACCUCUCAGCCUCAAAACACCAAAAAUCUGGAGACUUCAGUAAAAAUCUG